AUGGCGACAAAGAGCUAUGCAGAGGAGGUGGCCCGCAAGUAUGCCGAUGAAGUGGUGAGAGCCAGCACCGAGAAGGAAGAAAUUGACGCCCUUCGCCGAGACUUCAUCGAGGAGCAAGAGCAGAUUCGAGCCAACACGAGGCAGCAGCAAAACAACAGGCGGGAUCUCAAUGGGGCUAUUGAGGAGUUGAACAACUUGCGAGCGCAGUCGAUGAAGGUGGAGAAGCGAUGUGGCUCGAUCGAGGAACAAAUCACCUCCCUGAGGAGUCAAGAGGCGGAGAACUGGGACAACAUGCAAGACACCCUGAAUAACCAGGCUAACACCUACGAGGACUUGAAAGACGCGUGUGAGGUGCGGCUCCUGAGCCCUGGACAGUAA